AUGGCUGAGGUUCCCAAAGGCAGAGCGCGAUCCCCGACUCUGCCUCCCCCGGCCCCCGCCAUUUUCUAUGGCUCUGUGGAUCCGAGAAACCCAGUGGUUCACCGAUUCGAGUCCGACCUGAGCGAUUGCCUGGGCCUCCUCAAGCGGAAACGGGAAGCGGGGGCCGCGAGCUCCAAGGAUCAGGAGCUGCACAGGCGAGGAACCACUUCUUUGUUCAAUAUCUGGAACAACUAUAGGCCUCGACUCCCAGAUUGGUAUUACAAUGAAACACUUGUAAAAAUUGGUGAUCAGCUUAUGGAAAUGAAAGAACAUAAGCUAGCAUUUUUGUAUUGCUAUGAGCAGUAUCUUCAACAAAUUAGUGGUAUAAAUAUAAACAAACAUGGAUUAGAUGCACAUCAAUUAAAGUCUAUUUUUUUCCCAAAUGGAUUUAGAGAUCAAAGUGCUACACGAACACUCCAUGUUCUGCAAGCAAGGAAUAUUUGCCUUUAUAAAAUAGUCUGUGAUAAAGAUGGUGAUCUCCUAAAUCAAGACUCUGUGAAGACAUGUUUUAACAUUUUAACCAUACUGCAACUCAUCAUGCAGAUAACUUUGCCCCAUGAACAUUUAUGUUGGAUCGUCUACAAUGGUACAGUUCAUAUGUAUACCAUAUGUAGGCACUUGAUGACUAUAGGCCAAUCAGCUAAGGUGCUGGAAUAUUUAUUGUGGGCAUCAGUAUGUAUGGAAUCAUCAAUUCCACUUUUAGCUGUACACUAUUUGACAUGGAGAGCCACUCUGUAUGCUGCUGUUUGUCAGUGUUACUAUGAUUGCCAAUCUGGUAUACAUGGAGAGGUAUUUGCACGGCGUGGUUUGAUUAAAAUUGAUGAACUAAAGCAAAUGGAGUUUAUGAGUUCAUCACCUCUGAGUACAGAAACAAAGAAAAAAUUCAAAGAAGCAACUGUAAAGAUGGCAGCAAUGAUUUUUAAAAGAACAGUAUUUGAACCAAGAAGGCGACCAAAAGGAGUUCUGAGACCAAGAAUAAAAGCUAAUCUGAAAGAAGCACAGCAUAUGCCUUGGCCUCGUACCAUCACAGAACGGUUGCUAAUGGAAAUAUUUGAUUGCAAUUCAUCAAUUUUUCUUGCCAUUAUGGAAGCUCUGUUUGAUAAAAACAGACGGAUCCUUAUUCCUGGACCCUCUGUUCCUGAUGAAAUAGAAGUGCGUGACAUUAUUUCAGAACUCUGUUUUGCAGGCGCGGAUAUUCUUGAUGGUAAUCGUUUAUAUAUAAUAUAUGAUAGAAUGCUAAGAAAAAAAAAAGAAGUUCAGAACUAUAUACAGUAUAAAAUUAACAGAGGUGGUGGCAUCAAUGUUUCAAUUAACACUUCUGACGUUCCUUCAAUAAUAACUACCUCAUCACUUAUGCAGCAGAUAUUAGCAGGAAAAAAUGGUAUUUCCGCAGAUGCUGCAUUUAGGUUUAUUAAGAUAGUCUUCAGUUAUGAGGAAUGGGAUUCGUUUGAUCAUGCAAUUGUACUGUUUUAUUUAUUUCUUCAGGUUCACCUCCCGGCCAGAGAAAUGAUAAUUGAUGCAACCAUGUUUUUGUGGCAAAAGUGUAAAGUGGGAAUUCAAAAGAUCCAGAUGAGUGGAAGAAACUUCUUAAAGUUCAUUCAUAAAUACCAAACACUCAAGUGGCUCCACAUUCUUUAUGUAAUUAAUGAAGUAAUUCACACCAUUAAUCUUGGAACCACUAAUCCUGUAUUAAUAGCUGAGAUAUCAUUAAGGCUGACAUCAGUGAUGGAAAAUAUUGCAGACUUCACAUCUGAAGACAUACCAGGUACAUGGUUUUUACAAUUUAGUUGA